CACACACAAACAUACACACAGGAGAGCAGAGGAUGAAGUAAACCUACAAGAGACGAGCACUCGCAGAAUGGGGAGUAACCAGAGCAGUGAGACACUGCACUGUAACCGCUACCUGAAUGGACAGGGCCCCCCCUCGCUGGAGAAAGCAGCUCACUUGGGCCCCCCCACCCCCCGCACCCAGCCCCCAGGUCAGAUGACAUGGGUGGUGCUGCACAGAAAUCUGCCGGGCUACCCCCAUGACGACACCCUACAGGUCAAUUUCACCUUCCCCGAGGGCGUGCAGAUGGAGGGACACCCACAUCCUGGGCAGCCCUACCCCGGCCUGCGCCUCUGUGCCUAUGUGCCCGACAGCCGCGAUGGCCGCAGGGUCCUGUCCCUCUUGGAGAAGGCCUUCCAGCAGCAGCUGCUCUUCACUGUGUCCACAAAUGUCCACGGAGAGGAUGUGGUGUCUCCUGCCUCUGUGCCCUUGAAGACCCAGCAGGAGGGAGGUGCUAUCAUGAAUGGUUACCCAGACGAAGACUACCUGAAGAAAGUGAGGGCCGUCCUGAAGGAGAAGCUCAAUGAGUGACCAAGAGAGAAGAGGUUUAUGAAGCACUGACCAAUCAGAGGAGAGGCUUAUGAAGCACUGGCCAAUCAGAGAAGAGGUUUAUGAAGGAUCGACCAAUCAGAGGAGAGGUUUAUGAAGGAUAGAUCAAUCAGAGAUAUCCGAGAGUUUGACCAACAGUAAAGGACUGUGACAUGCACCAAACCCUGUGCUUUUGACAAUGUGAUAUUUCCGUGUACCACUGUAACUGUGCUGUGUAUUUGUCCCGUGUGUGUGAGCUGUGGGCUCUUGUACAGAAUAUAAAGAGGUACAAAUGUGGCCUGUGUUUUCUGGAAUAGUCUUCAGUGUAAUUUUGAACCAUGGGUUUGGAAUAGUGUUCUGAUCCCAGUUCAUCUCUGUAAAAGCUUCAAGCAGAGCCACUGCCCCUCUGCUCCUCCCUCCUCUUCCUCGCUCCUCUAUUCCUCUGCUCCUCCUGAGGUAAAUCACUAAAAUGUUCCUGUACUUCUGUUUAUGGACUCAGAGACAUGCAGCAGACAUUGUUUAGACUGAAUCAAAGUCUAACAGCGUGACUGAUAACAGUCCUCUGAUCAGGGACAGGGAGGGACAGAAGAAUAGAGGGACAGUGGAGGGACAGGAGGUCAGAGGAGGGACAGUGGAAAGGACCGUUCACACUGAUGCUCAGGACGAGACCAUGUCUUAGACGUUAGUAUAAAAGGCCUAUGAGGGCCAUUGUGUGAGGACAAAGUGAGCCCCCAGGGGCCUGGCCCCUGAUGUGUGAUAAGGGCCCGGCUAUGGCCCUAUGGCUGUGUAUGGCACACACGUCUAAAGGUCCAGGCUGUGGGUCCUCAGACCCCUGCUUCAUCAGAUACCGAGCAGAUACUGGGUCUGUGUGUGACAAAGAACAGUCGGACUAUGGCCUGAUUUCAGAAGGGCCCCUCAGUGUCUCACACAGAUACACGUGUUUCAUGAUUCUUGGGGACAUUACAUUCAUUUUUUGGAGACUGAUGUGAACCUUAACCAUAGUCACUACAAACCUAACCUCUCGAACCCCUCCCUAAACCCUAUAACCUUAAUCUAAACCCUAACCUAAACCAUGACUUCUCACUCUUCUCCCUCACAUUAAUCUGUUUUAAUCCAUCUGAACUUUAGACUAUGUUUUACUUUUACAUUGUCAAAUCCUGAGCAACUGAGCAGGUCUGGGCCUGCUGCCACAUAAAACCAAUGAUGAAUUUAUGUUUUUGAUAAUAAAGAAAUUACAUCAUGGGAACCUGAUAUCUGUCCUCACAGGGGCCACGAUGUGAGUGUGUACAGGUUUGAGUCCUCACACUGUGAUAAAUAGUGUCCCACACACUGGCUGCAGAUCAGAUAUUCAGAGCGAUGCAGACAGA